CUGGUGACCUUUGAGGAGGUGGCCGUGCAUUUCUCGGAGGAGGAGUGGGCUCUGCUGGAUCCAGGCCAGAGGACUCUGCACAAAGAAGUCAUGGCGGAGAAUCGUGGGAUCCUGGCCUCUCUGGGUAAGGAAUGGGAUUCCUCUGGGUCUAUUCGAAAUCACUGUAGAAGAUCCAGAAGAAGAGGGAAGCAUCAAAGAAUUCACACUGGGGAGAAGCCCUAUAAAUGCUUAGAAUGCGGGAAGAGCUUUGCUGACAGCAUCAGCCUUAAGCGGCAUCAAACAAUUCACACUGGGGAGAAGCCCUAUAAAUGCUUUGAGUGCGGGAAGAGCUUUACUCGCAGAGAAACACUUAUGCUGCAUCAAAGAAUUCACACUGGGGAGAAGCCCUAUAAAUGCUUAGAAUGCGGGAAGAGCUUUGCUGACAGCAUCAGCCUUAAGCGGCAUAAAACAAUUCACACUGGGGAGAAGCCCUAUAAAUGCUUUGAGUGCGGGAAGAGCUUUGCUCGCAGAGAAACACUUAUGCUGCAUCAAAGAAUUCACACUGGUGAGAAGCCCUAUAAAUGCUUAGAAUGUGGGAAGAGCUUUGCUGACAGCAUCAGCCUUAAGCGGCAUCAAACAAUUCACACUGGGGAGAAGCCCUAUAAAUGCUUAGAGUGCGGGAAGACCUUUGCUCACAGCAUCAGCCUUAAGCAGCAUCAAAGAAUUCACACUGGGGAGAAGCCCUAUAAAUGCUUAGAGUGCGGAAAGAGCUUUACUCAAUGCUCAAGCCUUAAGGAGCAUCAAAGAAUUCACACUGGGGAGAAGCCCUAUAAAUGCUUAGAAUGUGGGAAGACCUUUGCUCAGAGGACACAGCUUAAGCAGCAUCAAGUAAUUCACACUGGGGAGAAGCCCUAUAAAUGCUUUGAGUGCGGAAAGAGCUUUGCUCGCAGAGACACACUUAUACUGCAUCAAAGAAUUCACACUGGGGAGAAGCCCUAUAAAUGCUUAGAGUGUGGGAAGACCUUUGUUCAGAAGACACAACUUAAGCAGCAUCAAAGAAAUCACACUGGGGAGAAGCCCUAUAAAUGCUUAGAGUGCGGAAAGAGCUUUACUCAAUGCUCAAGCCUUAAGCUGCAUCAAAGAAUUCGCACUGGGGAGAAGCCCUAUAAAUGCUUUGAGUGCAGGAAGAGCUUUGCUUACAGCAGCAACCUUAAGCGGCAUCAAAGAAUUCACACUGGGGAGAAGCCCUAUAAAUGCUUUGAGUGCGGGAAGAGCUUUUCUGAAAGCAGCAAACUUAAGCAGCAUAAAAGAACUCACACUGGGGAGAAGCACUAG